AUCUGCUAAGCUGCGUGUGCGCGUGUGUGUGUGUGCGUAGGUGCUGAAGCUGCUGGCUGAGAUGAGUCCGUUCUGUGGAGACAUGGAGAAGCUGGAGGCCAACCUCAACAUGCUGUUUACCAAGCUGCUGGAGUUCAUGCCUCUGCCACCAGAAGAGGUGGAGAACGGCGAGAACUCAGCGAACGAGGAGCCCAAACUGCAGUUCAGCUACGUGGAGUGUCUCCUCUUUGGCUUCCACCAACUGGGCAAGAAGUUGCCAGACUUUCUCCUCGACAAAGUGGAUGCUGAGCGCCUCAAAGACUUCAAGAUCAGGUUACAGUAUUUUGCCAGGGGCCUGCAGGUUUACAUAAGACAGCUGCGAGUAGCACUGCAAGGCAAAACAGGAGAUGCUCUGAAGACAGAAGAGAACAAGAUCAAAGUGGUGGCCCUCAAGAUCACAAACAACAUUAAUGUCCUCAUUAAGGAUCUCUUUCACAACCCACCAUCAUUCAAGAGCACAGUCACUCUGUCUUGGAAACCUGUCCAGAAGACUGAGGCAGUAGCGCCCAAGCGUCCGUCAGGUGAGGAGAUGGGCUCCGGUGCCAGCACAAAAAAACAGAUCUCUCCUCAGCCCCGGAGGGACGCACGACAAAUCUACAAUCCCCCCAGCGGCAAGUACAGCGCCACCAUCGGCAAUUUUAACUAUGAGCAGCGUGGUGGGUUCAGGGGCGGCCGAGGACGAGGCUUCGGAGCCAGAGGCAGCAGGAGCCGAGGCCGAACCUACUGAGACACUCGCACAGUACAUAUUGCUCAUUGAACUGCAUCACAUCAAGAUCUUUUCCACACAAAUAUGGACUAUUUGUCACCUACUCUUCCCUUUUUUUUUAACUGGUGUCCAAGUCUUUUUCACUUACCAACCUGCAGAUCCAGAUUUAUUUUUGUUGUUGUUUUUGGAGGGGGGGGUGGGGGGGUGGAGGUUUGGUUUCUUGUCUUCAGAACAUCAUACAACGGGCUCAGUCUAGUACAUCUAAAUGUUUACCCCUUUAUUUUAAAAAUAUUAUACUGUGUAUUUUUGUGGAACAAAAGACUGCCAAGUUGUAACUGAUAAAUAUUUUUGUCAGAUUGUUGUAGGAAAAGGUAAAGAUCCUCUUGUCUUGGAACAUGUUGAUGAAUGCAUUUCUUUCUACCUUUUUAUUUAAUCUUGUUUUCUUUUUUAUUAGAACCUAAGUUUAAUUGGCUGACUAUUCUACUUUGUAUGAAUCAAUGAUGUUGUUUCAUUGGAUUUUUAUCAUAAACUUGUAUGGAAGUAUGAA